AUGAAAACACGAACUCACCCGGAUCAGGUCCAACCCACCGAGGCAGUAUACCUCAAGGACGCCUCUCUGAGAACCCUAAAAACAGAGAUAAUAUCUUACCAACCAAUCUCAUCCCUCUCAGAAGAAGAAAAGUUCCUCGCGAAAAAUGUCUCCCCAGAGGACUUAGCUAUCACCAUGUGCCAAACGAUCCUCUACCCACAGGGUGGUGGUCAGCCAAGCGACACAGGCUCAAUCGCACCAGCAGAUGAGGCACCAACAUUCACGGUAUCUCUAGUCCGAAAGACCCAAGAUGGAAGAAUCUAUCACUUCGGCAAGCCCAGUACAGGGUCCAUAUUCACCGCGGGCCAAUCUGUCAUUCAAAAAGUCGACGAUGUCAAGCGGGAUUACCACUCGCGACUGCAUACGGGUGGUCAUAUCGUCGGGCUAGCUAUGCAGCUUCUCAUGCCGGAGAUGAAGAAAGUCAAAGCGAAUCAUUUUCCCGGCGAGGCGUGCAUGGAAUAUGAAGGCUUAUUGUACAAUGAGCACAAGCCGCAGAUCCAGGCGAAGGUGGAUGAGCUCGUGGAGCAGGAUCUGCCGAUUCUGCUUUCGUGGGUUGAGGAUGCUUCGGAUUUGGAAGAUGUCGAGGGUCGAGGCAAAGAGCGGGAUGGACCGGUGCGGGUUGCGAGUAUCGGGGGACUUGAUAAGAAUCCUUGUGGUGGUACGCAUGUUUCGAGGACGAGUCUGGUUGGGACCAUUACGAUUCGGAAGAUUAGUAGGAAUAAGGGGGUAAGCCGGGUAUCGUAUGAGGUUUCGCCGAAGAUUUAG